AUGUCGGCCAGUCCAUGGCAUGCGAUUCGAAAAGUGCCAGUGGAGCAACUACGGGGGAAAACCCUGCGAUUCCUUGUUCCUUCGUUGGAGCCGCCAUAUGUGAACUACAUUAAUUUCACUCCGUCGGCCGUCAAAGAUCAUGGGUACAAUCCAGGAGUUGUCGUUGAGAUUAUGAAGGAUAUUGGAAAAACCUUGAACCUCACCUAUGAGCUCGUGGUCACGAAUGACACAAAAUGGGGAAAUCUUGUGAAUGGCACAUGGAAUGGAGCAUUCGGGAGACUUUAUAAAGGAGAAGCUGACAUGAUCGCUGGGGCAACAAUCAUGCAAUAUGAUCGAAGUCUCAUCUCUGAUCUCACCUAUCCAUUCGAGUUCGAACUAACCGGGAUGUUGAUUCGGACACCGAUCCGAUACUCUGAUCACACAUUUCUCAUUGUUACACAGCCUUUCAAAUGGGAAGUGUGGGGAUUGACAGCUAUCGCGAUUCUUGCCUCAGGCAUUGUACUAAAAUUGCUGACUCGAGUCCUUGGCUCACUCGGAGAACAUCAGUAUUCUCCGUUCGACUCUGUCUGGAUUUUCUUCUCAAUUUUCGUGCAACAAGGUCUUCCCCAUCAACCAUCUUCAUGGACUUGCCGAAUUUUGUUAGCAUUAUGGUGGCUAGCAGCGAUGACAUUGAUGGCAACAUUCACCGGUUCACUCGUCGCUCUGUUCGCCGUUCAACGUAUCAAUCUACCGUUUACAUCCGUUGAAGGAAUGCUACGAUCGAUUAAAGCUGGUCACUACAUUAUGUUAAUGGAUGUAAACAGUCAAACGAGAACAGAAAUGAUAGCCGAAUCGAAUAUCAGUUUAUUUAAAGAGCUCUGGCAUGAAAUGAGCGUUAACAAGAGGGUUAAAUAUGUGGAUGGAUUGCAAAGGGGCGUUGAUAUGGUUAAAGCAAGCGAGGGAGGAUUGGUAUUGGUUGGAUCAAUGGUGACUCUUGAGUACUAUGCUUUUGUUGAUUGCCAACUCACAUUGAUUCCUGAGGGUUUUUUACCCACAUAUCUCUCGAUUCCACUCCUCAAAAACUCACCUUUUUCUACGUAUUUUUCAAGCAGAAUUCAAGAGUUAAACGAGCGUGGCUUUAUCCAGAAAUGGAUGCGAGAUUAUUUGGUUUAUUUAGCGUCAAGAAGGACAACGAAAUGUAAUGAGACGAUGACGGAAACGGGAAACCUCAGUCUACGGCGGGCACAAGGCGCCUUUUGGUUGUUACUAGCAGGACUUUCGUUGGCUUUUCUCUUUCUUUUCGUUGAGUACAUCUACAGUUGGUUGAAGGCGAGGAUGUUCAAGAGUUCACCGAGAUCUUUGCAAUCGAUGAGCACUGACAAUAUCUCGACUUUGAAAAGUUCAAAGAGUUUUGGUGCACCGACGAGAGAAUCGAUGAGUACAUCGUCGGAUACGGAGGGAAGUUUCUCUCGUGGUCGAAAUGCUUUAAAUUUAUCUCUUCCUUUGCGAAGUCUCCCUUCAAUGAAGUCAGAAGAUCUUAAACUCGAUGAUCAUCAAUCUCCUCUCGAUCAUUCUUUAGAGAUUUUUGAGGAAAGAUUU